ACCACCAUCGCAUCAAGCUCACCACUGCUCCCCCCACGCUCUCCAUGUCCCAUGUCUCCCAUCAAGAGCUAGAGUUCGACUUCUGGGAGUUCGUCUGCUGCUCGCGCUGCCAGCUCCCAUUCAAUAGCAACGCGGGGCAGAGCAUACCCUUCUGGCUGACGGAGUGUGGGCAUGUUAUCUGCAAUAACCACCUCAGUGCCGACCAAAGCUGCUCGAAAUGCGGGGCGCAGGGGAUCCAACUCAUACCGCUCCAGCGAGACCUGGACGCCCCCAUGUCGGAUUGGUUUCGGUCGAUCCCGUAUGGGCUGGACGGGCUGGCGCAGGCGGCAAAGUUCCAACAAGAGACCUUGUCGUCACAAAUUCGGUACUAUCGCGCUCGGUAUCAGCAACAGAGGGUCCAGCUGGAUCGAUACAAGCGGGACCAUGAGGAACUGAUGAAGUUGAAUCAGGGCCUAGCGGACGAGAAUGCGCAACUGCGACAACAGUUGGGAUACGAUAUGAACGAUGGGGGCAUGGAGCCAAGUAACUCCGUCAAUGCGAACGGCAAGCGGCCCAUGGCCGCGGUCGAUCCCUCUCUUCGCUAUAACGAAGGCAUGUAUGCGAACUCGACGUCAAGUCCGCGCUCGGCCAUGACGCCAAACGGACCUGCCCGCCUGACCCUUCCUCGAGGUCAACAGCCGCCGACUCUGACGCGUCAAGAGCACGCAGGCAGCGAUGGUACCCAGUCUAACCGUAGGCAAGGCUUUCAAGACCAGCGACCACGGUCGAGCCAUCCGCUUGCAGAGCAAUACGCUUACCAACCACCGCCAACUGCAAACCGCGCAAGACCCGUCGCGACGAUGGCUUACUCUCAAACUGCUCCUCGAAUGCUCCAGAGCAACGCGCACGACGAUGGCAACCAGCAAGGUAGCUCCAGCGCUACUAUGCCACCUCCUGGACGCUUCAACCCCCAGCCUCGCUCGUCGAAACCUGCUCCUCAAGGCGCCUCUGCUCAGUCACGAAACCGAACUCAUACUGGCGGACCACCGGGAACAUCUCAUGCUCCGAACGCUGCUCCGACGGCGCCGCCCUUUGCUCGUGCGCCUCCACCGUCUGCUCGUGCUCCUCCUUCCUCUGCUCGUCCUCUCCCGCCCGUCUCUGCUCGUCGUCCGCAAAAUACUUCCGCGCCCAACUCGAAUCGUUUCAUGCCACCGCCGCCGCCUGGUACCGUACAGCGUCUGGGACCGGGCGCUACGCCGUCUGCUAAUCGUCGCUUCGUGCCGCCUACGCCGAGUAGGGGGCGGUUCGUUCCUGCGGGUGUGCCGGGGUCGGCACGGCAGCCGCAGAGAACAAUGCAAGGGAACGGAGGUGGGGGCGGGCAGAGGAUGCCGUUUGUGCCAGGUGGGGGGUAGGAUACGAUCCGCUUCUUGUGCUCUUGUCUACUUACCGGGUCCUUGUGUACAUUUCCUUGGUUCAAUGGGGGACAAAAUCGACCUCAAAUGACCUCUACCC